AUGUCGCAAACACGUUCUAAUUCCGACACGCAAUUAACUAUCCCCGAACGCGUUUUAUCCGCCGCCGGCGCCGCUUUCCUUUCCGCCGUCAUCGUCAACCCCCUCGAUGUCGUCAAGACGAGACUUCAAGCGCAGGCUGCCGGAAUUCCCUACCAUGACGCUUAUCGAAAGCCGUCUUUUCAAACUAACACGAUGCCACAGGAUGUUAAAUGUACAAGGGUUUCAAAAUCUCAGGCACUACCAUAUAAAGGGACACUAGAUGUACUCUACAGAGUUAUUCGUCAGGAAGGAUUUACCAGAUUGUGGAGAGGCACAAAUGCUAGUUUGGCAUUGGCCAUGCCAAGUGUAGGGAUUUAUAUGCCUUGUUAUGAUAUCUUCCGCAACUUUAUGGAGGAUUAUACAACUCAAAAUGCCCCAAAUUUAACGCCUUAUGUUCCGUUAGUAGCAGGAUCACUUGCACGCUCGUUGGCUUGCAUUUCUUGUUAUCCUGUAGAACUUGCAAGGACUCGCAUGCAGGCAUUUAGAGUAACACGAGAUGGAAAACUUCCAGGUGUGUGGAAGACAUUAUUUGGAGUGAUCAAUCCAGACAAGGGAACAAAUAUUCUUCAAAACUUACACAGGUACCGUUUCUGGUGGACAGGGCUUGGAGCACAGCUUUCUAGGGAUGUUCCAUACUCGGCGAUUUGUUGGGCAACUCUUGAGCCAAUAAGGAAAAAAAUUCUUGGACUUAUGGGUGAAAAGCCAAGUGCCGCAACUGUCCUUGGGGCAAAUUUUUCUGCUGGUUUUGUAGCAGGAACUUUAGCAUCUGCUGCCACAUGUCCACUGGAUGUGGUAAAAACCCGAAGACAGAUAGAGAAAGAUCCUGAAAGGGCAUUAAAGAUGACUACAAGAACUACAUUGCUUGAAAUUUGGAGGGAUGGAGGAUUAAGGGGGUUAUUUACCGGAGUUGCUCCCCGUGUAGGUCGUGCUGGUCCAUCUGUUGGCAUAGUUGUCUCCUUUUACGAAGUUGUCAAGUAUGCUUUAAAUCAUAGAUAUUCAACUUCAUCAUAG